AGAGGCCGCCGGAGCUCCGCCCACGACGGAUCCCUCAAAGGCUUUUUUAAAAUUAGCUGUGAGUGUGUAGCUAGUGGUAAUAGAUAGGCCCGACGUUUCACUCCUACAUUGUUGUACAACAUGUAAUAAGGAUAUUUUUUUUGACAUGUAACAUUAGCGAAUGAACCGCGUUAACUUGGGCACGGCGAUAGUCUCUGAAGAGGCGGCGCGGCGCGGCGCGGCACGGCCGCUUCUACGUGCGGCAGCGGAACAGCAGAUGUCGCUAUUCGGCCAGUAAACACUCCACAUCUCCACACACGCUGAAGUGGUUUCUCCGGUGCUUUCUGUGGCAGACAUAGUCCUCCCGAGGAAUGGGAGGGUGUCUCGGUAUGUUGGGUUAGGCUUCCCGGAAGUGUGAUCACAACGCGCGUCGCCGCGCUUUAAAGACCGGAGGCUUCGCGCGCCCGUUUGACAGCGACAGGCAGCCUCUGCUCCACAGCUGGACCCCGACAAAACAUGGCUCCGAAAGACCCUCUACUCGUCACUCUUAAAUUGUGCGUCCUGAACCUGCAGUCGGGUGGAGGGGUCGUGUCGGACACCAACCCUCACCUCGCCUCAUGCUGUGAGCUUCUGGAGCUGGUCCUCAGGAAGGGGCUCCAACAACCAGUUCUCAGUCUGGUACACAGAGACUACUGGCAGUGUUUUGAGCAGCUUACUCGCCAAGAUGCCUGUGGCAGGCUGUCUGCCCUGUCCUUGGCGGUGGAGCAGACCAGAGUUUGCAAGAAGCUGCUCUCAGCUCAGGGCCGGGGCCGCUACCUGCUCAGGCUGGCCCUCAGAGGCAAGGCUCUGCCUCAGUUGAUCACACCCCUGCUGCACGCACCCAGAGUCCUCGAGUGGUACAGCCCGGAAAUGUCCAUCCUCAGGAAUGAGGAAUUUGUGGAGCCGUUCAUGUCGCUGCUGAUGGUCCUCUCUCUCACAGAGUUCAAACUGGACAUGGCGAAUUGCAGUUUUCUGGAUGAGAGCUGGCGCCUACCUGUGUGUGAGACAUAUGAAGUGGUGCCCUGUCGGGAGGUGGGGAUGGUGUUGAGGUAUCUCAGUGGGCGUGUCUUCGUCCUCGAACUGAUGCCCGGCAGUCAGGCUCACGUCGACAACUUCCUCUCUCCGGGUGACAUCAUUGAUGAGAUCAACGGAACCUCGCUGAGGAAUUCCAAGAAUAAACAGGCAGGCGAGGUUCUUUCCCAGCUGAAGGGCUUCCCUAUCGCCAUCAGCGUCGUACGGUGGCGGGCUCAGGACGGGACGGUGUACCAGCCCCUCGUCAAGCUCCUGCAGGCACUGAGGAUGGAGAACCCCGCCCUGAAGCUGGGUCCUGCUCCCCCCCAGCAGCCAGACACCAAGGACCAGACAACCUCUCCAUCACAGUGUCUCAAAGAGGGAAGGAGUGUGUACACGGUGCAGUUCUUGGGAAAAGUAAACAUUGGAAUGUUUGGAGGCAGAGAGGUGCUGCAGCACGCCAUCAGACAAGUGUUGCAGAAAAACCUACCCAGCAAGGAUGUGCUCUUAGAUAUGAAGGACACCCAUUUGACAUGCACAGACAGAAACAGUAAAUUGGAGCUGUUUGAGCACCACUACCCAGAGAUUUCAUGUGUGGGGAGGUUUGGUCAACCGGAUUACACUAUAUUUGCAUUCUGCAUGACAGACUCCCCAGAAACCCAUCGGCCCACCGGCUUCUCCUGUAUUGCACUCAAAGCAAGCACCACAGAGGAGUGUGAAGAGAUAGUCUCCCGUAUUGCUACUGGCUUCAAGCAUACAGAGUGGUUUGUAUGACCUCAGUGAAAGCAAACUCUUGUUUUGUGUAGUUGUAAAUAAAUGUAAAGUGUGUAAAGAUCAUGUACAUUACUGUUUCAAUCAACUACAGAACACAUGGCUUUCUACUCAUAAAGACCUUUAAUAGAAAGACACGCGACAACAUUUUCAUAAAUAGUAUUAAAUGUAGCUGCCAAGGUUUAUGUUGAAAAACAUGUAAAAAGCAGUCCAGAAAAAUACAGGAGGGGGAGGGUGCCAUGCUCCCAGUCACAGAGUGUAGAGUAUCAACUGCCGCAGCAAAUACCCCGACACUGCAGUGAGACCGGCUGAGCAGGACAUGCUGGCAUUUUGUGAUGAGUGGUAGGUGGGCAAAGAGACCCUGGACCCCCUCCCCAAAGAAGAUGUGAAGAAGUUAUCCCGUAGACAACUCCCAUCCCCAGGUGGAGCCCGAUGUCCACAAUGAGUGAAGGGUGAUACGAUGGCUGAAGUAAUGACCCCAUGAUGGAACACUAGGCAAGAUACUCUUACUGCACAACAUUUCCAACUACCUUAAGUGUACUCAGACUUGUGGAAUGAUUGAUAUCGAUCUAAAAUACAAAAUCCAAAAGUAAACUUGUAAAAAAAAA